AUGAGCCAUGCCAAGCGUGGCCGCCCCAGCGACGACGUCGACGACGACGCCUGCAGGGAGGAGAGGGAGGAACCAGCGGCCACGGAGACGGUUACGGUCGGGCAGGCUCUGCAGGCUGUGGCGCUGAGCCCGGCCGGAGGCCGGCCGGUGGACCGCGCCGACGCGUCGGCGGUGGAGGCCGCGGAGAGGAGCGCGACGGGGCUGGGCCGCGCCGUCCCCGGCGGCGUCGCGGCCGCGGCACAGCGGGCCAAGGAGGCGAACGAACACGGAGAUGCCGUGACGACGGUCAGGGACGUGCUGGGCGACGCUGCGGCCGUGACGCCGGGCGACAGGGCGGCCACGUGGGUGGACGCCGAGAAGGUCGCGGCCGCCACGGGGAGGGGAGGCGGCGGAAUGGGCGAGGUCGCCGACGCGGUGGCGGCGGCCGCGCAGAUCAACCAGGGAUCGACGCUGGAGCUGUAG